UCUCUCUGUCGAGUAAAUUUGCAAUCUUUUUAAGUCCAACACAAACACUCCUCUUGCAAGUAAUCCUGCCAUGGACACUGUAGCACCUCAAUUCAAGCUCACCCUUUUAGCUAUUUCUUUGCUUUUCUUGCCUUUUCUUCAGGCCACCGAUUUCAAAUAUUGCGACAAGGAAGGUAAUUAUGUUGUGAAAGUCAGUGGAAUCGAAAUUUCACCUAAUCCUGUGGCUAGAGGCAAGCCAGCUACCUUCACCAUCUCAGCUUCUACCGGUCAAGCAAUAUCUGGAGGCAAAGCGGUGAUUGAUGUUUCCUACUUUGGGGUACAUAUCCAUCAAGAAACUCAUUCUCUUUGUCAGGAAACAACCUGUCCUGUUUCUGUCGGCAACUUUGUACUCUCUCACAAUCAAGUUCUACCUGGAUUUACUCCACCAGUAAGUUUCACUAAUAGCGUUAACUUUUUUUAUUUUGAGAAUAUUUAUAGGAUUAUACUACCUGUGAGGUGCCCUUAUAAAUUGACUUGAACAUUGAAAUGUUUAAUUAGCCUUUUGUUAUCUUUUAUAAAAUGAAACAGUCGCGUUUCUUUUUGUUGUUCGAAAUAGAAAAAGAAGUGAAAGUGUAUCUUAGUUUGGUUCUUCUUGGAUGUUUAAGGCAUAAUACAAAGUGGUCUCAAAGAUAUUUAUUAACGACUCAUUGUCCUCAAGUCUCAUGCAGACACUAUAAGAAAUCUCAUAGACACCUUUGUUUGACAUUUAUGUGAGUUCCUUCGUCAAUUCCUAACCAUUUAGAUGUUGUCAUCAAAUGGAUGGUUGCGUCAUUUAAUUCCAUUUCUAUGGUUAAUUUCGAACCAGAUACAUUCAUAUAUCUAUAUGAUCAUACCGAUUUUCUUUUCUCCUUCAAGUAAGAAAUAGAA